AUGCUGGAUCUGGAUUUCCAGACUCCAUUGAUCUUCGACGAAUCUUUUGACUUUUCCGAACCUGAGGAAUCGAGAUUCGUAGGAGCCUUUUCAGACGGCCUUCUAGCCAAGUCUGGAGGCUUAUUUUCCAUGUCGGCUUACGAGAAAUCCCCACAAGCCGAUUUCCUUGAUUAUGAUGCCACGCGGGCACUUCAUGACACGGCUGGAUUCUCCGCUUAUGCUCAGCCUCCCUACGUAACACAUCUAUUUCCCUCUGCCCUGGAAAGCCACACCAUCCCGGACGAUGAGAGUGUACAUUACGUGACCAAUGAAGGAUACCCUGGAGCUAAUUCCUUUGACCUGCCCCGCUCGCCUGUUUUGGACUUGGGUUCCCGUCAGCUGCCGGAAGUUGCAUCAUACGCUCCACUUACUGGCCAUGAAGGAUCAAAGCUCUCUGUCUAUCUCCAGUCCCCGUACGACCUUCUUUCACCUGCUGCCCCAACUUCUUUCUCGUUACUCUUUGGGUCGGAACGGUGCGAAUGCAUUGUUACUUCAUUAGGCCUCCACAAAUCCAACUUCCAGUAUGUGUUGUCGGUUGAUGUCCCGCCCUUCGCAGCUACAGCUUGUCCUUCACUCACCGUCCCUAUACAAAUGAUUAUGGAUGAGAGCGAGGGCCAAGGCGCGCAAGCUGUCCAUGUUGGCGUUUUCACCUACGACCAUAAUCCGCAGUCCGCAGUCUCGCCUGCCGGGACUUCGCGGAAGAGACGACUUUCUGAAUCUUCGGACGAAACUUCAAGAUCUACCCGCUCAGCACCGGUGAAGCAGUUGCGCAUUAAGGAGCCCGCAAAUACAUUCACAUAUAGCGAAAGCCUCUCGGGAUCUCCAUAUUCGCCUUACCUGCCAACGCCAACGACUGCGAACGUCUAUCCGGUCCAGUAUCAUCCGGCAUCACCGCGACCGUCUAUACCGCAAUAUACUGGAACUUCAGGUGUAUCACAGCCCAUGAUCAAAGCUCCGUCCCCACUGGCGGCAUCAUGGAGCCCAUCCUUUUCUACGGUCAACAUCUCUGCCCAUAGCCCUGGACUGUCCAUGACACCCAAUUCUCAUUCGUCUUCGAUGCCGUCCCCUGUCAAGUCUAUGAAUCCGACUCUCAUUCGGACCUCUACAAUUCAACACUUGGCAGGUGCAGGUGGUCCAAAUCAAGCCUUCAACCCAUAUGCCAUGUAUCCUUCAAAGGCAGUGCUGAAGGUGAACGGCGAUCUGGAUUCGAUGACGGAGAACUGGUCGCCAGAAGAGCGCAACUCCAAGAGAAGACUGGUUCACUUCACUAGACGCCAGACUGGUAGCACUAUUCAUGCUGAUUUCAAGUCGGUCUCACCGGCCGAUCGCGUACCCAAUAGCAUCUGCAUCAGCUGCAUCUAUUGGGAAGGCAAGAAAGAGUGCUACGUGACUAGCGUUGAUACUAUCUACCUUCUUGAAUCCCUCGUUGGAGUAAGAUUCACGGUCGAGGAGAAGAAUCGCAUCCGCAGGAACUUGGAAGGUUUCCGCCCUCUGACUGUUUCCAAGGCAAAACCGGAGAGUGAGGACUUUUUCAAGGUCAUCAUGGGCUUCCCGAAUCCCAAGCCGCGCAAUAUUGAGAAGGAUGUGAAGGUUUUUCCGUGGAAGAUCCUUUCUCAUGCGCUGAAGAAAAUUAUUGGGAAAUACUCCGCAAGCUACUCGUCUACUGCAGGCACUCUGGCAACGCACAUUAGCCCCAAUUAUGUUAGCACACCCGACGGCAGCGCGGAUCUUCACGCCACAUCUCCAUCAAUUUCUGAUACGGGCGCCGCUGCUGCAUAUGCUGCCAACGUUUCCGCAAGUGGCAUAUCGCCGCAUCUACGCGGGCCAAAACAAGUUCUUGAUAACGCUCCGGUUUCUGGUUCCGUUGACCUUCGAUUAAUGGUAACCAGCAACAGCAAUAACAACAACCGCCAUUAUUCGAACCUGCCGGCUCCAUACCCUUACCAGAACAUCAACCACCCGCAGCCUCAGGCUGCACCUACUGCAGCUGGUAAUCGCGGUUCGUGGGACUUUGGCGCGUUCGUCAACGCCAGCUCAGGCACCACUACCGGUCCCACCCAUUCGCUCAGCUAUCCGCGCCAGAACCACCUGGGGAAUGUUAGCCAAGAUUAUAAUACUCAACCCGUAUACCCGCUGGGCCAUCCAACCACUGGACCAUAG